AUGGCGGCGCCGUCAAGCGGUCCUGCGAAUGGCUCUGACCUCGUCGGGAGCGCAUAUACCCACAAACGGAACAGUACCGCCCGCAAGUUAUCCCUCAUUGCCGAUGCCACUGCGUUCAGUGGGGUACCGCCCCAAAGUUCAACCUUGACCUCAACUACCACAUCCACAUUUACUAUGACUAUACCUCAGUCUGCACCCAUUCCCAUCCCAACCUCGGCUCCUACCUCCAGGAGAGAAGCACUGAAGGGUUCGCCAGUCUUAACCAUCGGCUCCCCUGUCCUAACCUCUGUGUCGGCCAUCUCCUCACCGACGCCGUCUUCGAGGUCUUUGGAGCACUUUUCUUCCUUCUCUGGGGAGCUGUUCUCCGGCGGAUCCAGCACAGGUUCAGCUUCUGUCCUGGAAUGGAACGAGCACUCGGAGGACGGUUUCUCUGUCGGAGCAAGAUCGGUGGAGGAGCAGCAGUUUGCGGACGUGCCCAGGGAGGGCGUAUCGGUCGAAUAUGUCGGGCUCGGCACGAGGGUGCCAACUGGUGCCUCCUCGUUGAGCAGCGAUGAAGAGAGGGAGCUAGACAACUCACAGGAAGUGGAGGUGGAGAUUUUUGAGACCCAGGAGACGCCGGCGGAGUUAGUGGGGCAACCUUCGAGUCGAGAGCGUUUCCCUGUUACCGUGGACUGGUUUCAGGAUAAGCCUACCGACAUCCUCACCGCAAACGGUCUCGGUCUCGGUACGACUGGCCGUCUCGCCAGGAAGCCGCAAGGUGCACGGUCGCCCGACUUUUUCCACCUUCAAAGAAACGAGCUCGGGGGUAGUGGCGACGCAAGUACAACGUCGACGCCCCCCAUCAGCCCAACGCCCUCCACCAUUGCAGACGACGAGGCCGACGCGGACCGUACUUUCCAAGCAUCAUCGUCCUCAGUGCCAACUCCCAGAUUUGCGACGCUUUCUCAGUUCAAGGGCGCCUUCCAAUCGGAUCUUCCGCAGUGCUCCACCCCCAUUGAGUUCGCAGACAACCCAAAGGCGGAACACAGCUUUGAAAUAUAUACCGACCCCAUCUGGUACUCGCAGGCCAUCGACAGCUUCAUGCCUUCAAUACCGCCUACAGUUGCCACCGUCCAUUACGCUACGGUCGAGGGCACCUUCCCUGCCCGUCUCGCUAUGCCGCAGCAUUCGUGGCUGCCAACGCCGCUGCCGAGCGCGACCAACGAGUCGGCGACGUCCCCCGACUCCGAGACUGACCCGGACCGGACGUUUGAAGCGCCGUCAACGUCAACGACGACACUCACGCCACCGAGUCCCCGGAGCCCGACGGCGGUCGGCACGUGUUCUCUCUUCCUCUCGCCGCCGCUUUCUCCCACGCCACCAUCGCCGCCCGACGCCCGCUAUGUUGCGCCUGGCGAUGAGGACAUGGCGAGCUCUCUGGCGGAGUACUUCCACAGGAAGACGGCGGUAUUUGACGGUGAUACGGCCAGUCCAGCAAGUCGGACGCCGCAGACGGUCCUGUCGGGAUUCUCGCCCGAGGUACCCUUGAUCGACGUUGAGCCGCCUCCCCGGCCAGCGAGCGCGAGUGCUUCGUCGUCACUGAGCUAUACGUCGCGUUCGCCGUCUCUGAUGCCCUCUCCUCGAAUUGUGGCGCACCAUACCGGUCAUACACCUUUCAUUCCCCCAAUUUACACACCCAGAAGCAUCAAUAGUUCUCCGGAUGCUCCACAAGCACUUCAAUCGUCUUGGGCGAGCUGGAUACCUCAUUCUAGUUCUCUAACGCCAUUGUCACCUCGCAGCCCGUCCCUUGCCUUGCCAGCCGUGACAGCGCCUCAAUUACCGGUUGCGGAGACACCAGUGCCCCGGGCCUCUGCUGCAAACCAACAGUCACAGACAAUGCAUCCCCGCUCGACUUGGAUACGGUCAAAUAGGUCGUCCACCCUUGAUUCUCCUCAACCGCUGUUGGCUAGCGAGUAUUCAACGUCGACACCGCCAGCACGGGUCUCAAACAACUCUUCACCUUCAACGGAAGCGCCUAGCGUCACCGACGAUGGAAUUCCAGAGAGGCACCUGCAGUCCCGCAUUGUUGACCCUAUUCCUGGGAACUACCAAGAACACGCCUGGCGAGAAACGUACGUCUAUGUCCCGGUGAGCGAAGGGACGGCAGAUUCUGUUUCAUCCAACUCGACAGCGCCAACAUCGCCUCGGCAUGUUCCAGUAAGCUCAAUAUAUGCGCUGCCCAGUUCGCCUUCGGCUGUAGGAGACGCACCCCCGCCAAGUACCUUGGUCGACGAAGGGAAUGCUCGCCAAACGGACGCGACGCAGAGGCACGUCCCUCCGCAUUGGAAUAACUGGGACUGGUACACCCCAGUCUCGCCCAGUGACUAUCCCUAUAGAAUGGCUUCAAUGCGCGUCCCACCCCCCGCGGUAGUUCCUGUACCUGAGGAGACAAUAGCGGCCCCAGUACCCCCAGGAAGCGAGGCACGGCCACCACUCCACCAAAUGGCUACACCUAUCUUCGGGACCAUGGAGCCCGUCGUGCCCAUCCCACCUGGAGCGACUUCAAAUCCAGUGCCUUUCGCCCCUCAACAUUCGGCCCUAGAGACGGCACGCGCGUCGACAUCGUCAUCUGCGUAUCCUACAAGCUGGUAUUCGGCGGAUAGUGUUCGGGGUGCUCCGGAUUUCCGUGGGGCAUUUAUUGCAUGGGCAAACAAUGUUGACCUCCAAGAACCUAUCACAAUUCAGGUCCAACCUCCGCUCCCAAAGUAUUCGAACACAGACGCGAAUGUAAAUUCGGCUGGCCAACCUGUUGCACCCGCGACGGAGGGAGUAUCGGCCGCCCCUGCUUCAGUUCAAGCCCCGACAACACGCCCAAGGUCAGGAACUCCGUCAACACCAGCUGCAGCUCCUCGGCCAGCUCGCAGGCUGCGCUUCGCGCCUCUGCCAGAUGGAACGCCUAUCAACGACCAAGGAGCUGGCGCUGUCGGUAGCGGAUGGAGCGGCGGGUACCUUUACCCAGGUAGGAUAUCGCCCGGCUCAACGUGCGCGUCUGGAGGGUAUAGUGGACCGCAGACACCCGUUCAGGGCCAUGGAACGCACCAGCAGCAGCACAUGCAUGCGCCAUUCCCGCAGGAGUGGCCUUUCUCUUCGUAUGGACAAGGAUUGGCGCAGGGCUUGCAGGGUCUUGCGCAGGGGUACGGACAGAAUCCGCAAGGCGCGCAGAGUGGAAACUCGCCAUAUGCGACGGGGUCGGUGUCAGGCUUCUCAUCGACUGGCUCUAGUAUGCUUAGGACGCCCGUGCCGCUUGGACUGGCGUCAUAUGCGGCGAUGUUUUCGAACCCGUAUACGACACCGACGGCGGGUUUGAAUCCCAACUCACAGGCUAAUGGGAAUGCCAGUACGAGUGCGACGAUGUUGACACCCAAUGCACCGAAUGUCCGCCCCUUCUCUUCUGGCUCGAUGACUGUCCCUCCAGGACCUUUGCCUACCGCCCCGCAUCUCGGCUUCCAACCGCCCAGCGCUCCACCCAUGCCAUCAACGUCGUUGCCUGCAAUGGCACCGCCCUUCUUCAUGCCUCCAUUUGCCCCAGCGUGGGUUGAGCAGGGGUGGACGCCUUCUCCUGCGGCGGCACCUCCAGUAUCAUCAUCAUCAUCUGCUGCACCUCGUCCCCUUCCUCAGCCAACAGGACCGCAGUCAGCUUCUCGUACCCCCUGUACCACCAGCUCCUCUCCGCUGUCCAUGCUGUUUUCCGAUUGGGACAGCAAUUUCAAUUGGGGGUUCAACGGCUCAUCUCCUGCUGUAAGCGGUUUUCCUCAAGGCUUUACCCCGGAGUUUGAGUUCGGGUUGGAGACACGGGCGAAUACGCAGGCGAACUCGCAGUCGCGAUAUCCUCCCCGUUGGAAUGCCCAGGCUCCUGGUGGAUCGACGUCCCAGCAAGGUGCUCAGCAGCCACAUACUACUGGCAAGCCCUGUGGUGCCUCGUGCGAGUCGCUGUGGGGCCAACCAACUCCUCCGGCGCCGCCAGCUCCGCUAUCACAGUCGCAGCCACAAACUCAAUCUGGGUUCGGCGGACCUUCCGCGACGAUGGCGGGGUCGUCGCCAUUGCCAUACUAUUAUAGUGUACCGACGGCGCAGCUCCAACCGUCUUGUAGGCUUCAGCACCAUGUGUUCUGGUUCGAGGACGGGAACUUCAUCUGCAGUGUGGAGAAUACGCACUUUAGGAUUCAUCAGCAUUUCCUCAAGAAGUACUCGUCGUUCUUCCGCAACCGCGUCUUCGAACCUGUCGACUUAUACCCAGGCUACUACAACACGUUCGUACUCCCUGGUGUGAAGAAGAUUGAUUUCGAGAAAUUGCUAUAUAUCUUCUACCCGACGAGCCUAUCCACUCCUGACCUCCGUACGAAAGAAGACUGGUUGUCAGUCCUCAGGCUCGCUAUUACUUGGGACAUGUCAGAGAUCAAGGCCCUUGCUCUAAGGCACCUCCAUACCCUCGUCACGUCCACCGUCGAACGUCUCUGCCUCGCGACGGACUUCCCCGAGCUCAGCCAGGACCAGGAUAUCCAAGAAAAUUGGCUCGUUCCGGGGUAUAUGGAGCUCUGUAGACGCGGACGUCCUCUGAGAAAGGCGGAUGGUGAGAACCUAGGCCUGCGCGUGGUCAUGGGCGUCUGGGAGGUGCAGUGGAGACAUCAUGGCACAGCAGCUCCUGGACUGGCGCCAUCGAUGGGCCCAGCUGGGUAUAGAUUCAGCGUCGCGGCGGAGGGUAGCGAAGAGCGUCUAGAGCGGCUGGUUAGAGAGGUUUUCGGGUUGCUGUGA